AUGGACACUUGGAACCAGACAAGCAUCAACGAUGCUACACUCAAGCUUCAACAACUUCUCCAAGACAGCACUCUGCCUGAAUUCCUGCUGCCUUUGGACCCUCGCGUUAAAGUGGGACGGAUUCUGCUGGAUAAAUGCAAGGUGAUGGCGUCGAAGAAGAAACCGUUGUGGUUGGAGUUCGCCGCCAUGCCGUCACCAACCUCUGCUCCACCUGUUGGAAUCAUUUUCAAACAAGGGGAUGACCUCAGACAGGACAUGCUGGUUAUCCAGACAUUGAUGGUGAUGGACUCCAUCUGGCAGGAGCAGUCACUGCAUCUCAACCUGGUUCCAUAUGGCUGCAUCUCCACGGGGCACAACAUAGGUAUGAUCGAGGUCGUACGUGACGCGGUGACCAUCGCUGCCGUCCAGAGGAGCCACGGAGGAACCAUCGGACUCUUCAGAGACGACGCGGUCUUUGAGUGGCUCAAAUCCAAGUGUUCGCUCCAGGAAAUUGUGAUUUAUGAGCAUACUCUUGUCUUGCAUUCUUUGUCUACUGUAGAUGAGCGUUUGAAGUGUGUAUCAAUCACCGGAAUAUUGAUAUGA